AUGUCUUCUCGGAGAACUCAUACCAAGUCUCGGACAGGCUGUAUAAACUGGAUAUCUUCAGUUGACAGCAGCAGUGACAGUCGUUCAUCAUAUUUUCCCAACUUGAGCCCCUCAAUUUCAACCCCGGCUCCAACUCUGAGUUCCUUAGACAACCAUCAUCUGGUCAACUCCCCUGACCACUUUGACAGCUACAGUCACCCCAGUCCCACACAGCAGAUUGCUCCCUUUCCUCCACAUGAACUCUGGGCCCGCGAUUGUGAGCUUAUGCAUCAUUACUGCACAGUAACCGCAGAUACCUUGUGCGUCCGGAAAGAUCUAGCAUACGUCUGGGGCGUCGCAAUUCCAAGAUUAGGUUAUCAAGACCCUUUCGUCAUGCAUGGAAUCCUUGCCAUUGCCGCAGCCCACAAAGCCUAUCUGAUGCCCGCUAGUCGCAAGACCUAUUUGCCAUUGGCUGACUAUCAUCAGACUCUUGGAUCCGAGGGCUAUCGUCGUUACCUCCAACACUACAACAUGACUAAUUGGAUGCCUGUUUUUGGCUUUGCAUCUCUCGUUGUGUUGCAUAUGUUGACCCUACCCACCCGGAUGGACAACUGUGUACUAGAAGACCCUAUCACGAAUCUCAUCGAAUUAGCUGGCCUGUUAAGGGGUAUCAAGACAACAUUAGAACCAGCAAUUGGACGUAUCGUCAGAACAGAAUUUGCUCCUGUCGUCUUCGGAAUUUGGGUGUUUGAUUCUGAUGAUGAGGCAGAACGCUAUCCCUCCCUUGAAAACUCGUCUCUGCCCACAAAUACCUGGAGCGCCUUGCAAAGGCUUCGAGCCUUUCAAGAAGCUGACAUCCCUGCUAGCGGCCUGCAACAUUAUGCAACAGCCUUGGACGGUCUAGAAACUUCCGCAAGACUAUUCGCUGCUGCUGGGUUACACGCCGAGGUUGCGGCAGCGCAUUUUUGGCUAUACAUUAUUGAUGAUAGUAUAAUUCUUGACUUCGCUGCACAUAGACCCCACGCUCUUCUUCUUUUCGCCCAUUAUCUUGUGCACUGGGCAGUAUUCGAGAAAAGCUUCUGGUUCACGAGGGGUUGGUCUCGACAGGUGAUGGCCAAGAUAGAAGAGGGCUUGAGCGGGAGGGCAAAUUUCUUAGAAAUGAUGCAAUGGCCCAAACAGAUGGUUGCUGAAGCUGUUGUAUAG